GUCCACCACAACUACACAUCUCCCAGAGCAACCGUCAGUCUUUAGUGAAUGAUGAUUGGCUCUUUUUUCUAGAAGGUGGGACCUCCGCUGGAGCGGCAAUAUUGGCCAUUGCGUUUCCGCGUUGUCGUCGUAGAAGAGCUGCUGUUUUUUGAUGAUAACAACAGUCACCGCGUUAAUUGCCAAACAUGGCGUCCAAACGUCAUUUUUUUGAGGAGGAUUUUUCGUGUUCGAUUUGUUGCAGCGUAUUCAGCGAUCCUGUUGUACUUCCGUGUGGUCACAGCGGCUGCGGAGCGUGCGUCGAAAACUACUGGAAGGUCAAGGGGUCUAGAGAGUGUCCACUCUGUAGAAAGAUAUCUGCUAACGAACCUCCCCUUAACCUGGCUUUGAGAAACCUCUGCACGACAUUUUUGGAUUACAAGAGGUAUUUGGAGGAGCAGUGUGAAGUUCAUCAAAAGAAACUGAGUGUGCUUUGUUGUGAUGAUGGACAGCUCGUUUGCGAGGUUUGCAGAGACUCAGAAGAGCACAGAAACCACACGUGUCGUCCCAUUUGUGAGGUCGCUGAGGAAAAAAAGCACGACUCCAGAAUAAUAGAGAGUCGAAUCAGGAAGGGUUUUAAGAACCUUCACCAGCUUUUGGACGAUGAAGAAAAGGUCAUGAUUGAGGGACUGCAAAUAGAAAAAGAAGAGAAAUUGGAGAUCAUAAAAGAUCAAGUUAAGAAGAUGAAUGAAGAUAUUGCUUCUCUCUCUGAUGCUAUUAAAGACUUGGAACAGACACUGAAUAGUGAAGACAUCAGAUUACUUAAGAACUUCAAGGACACCUUAAAGAGACUCAAGUACACACCCCAGGAUCCAGAAGUGUCUCUUGGAGAGCUUAUAGAUCAUGCCAAGUAUAUAGGCAACCUCAAGUUCAAUGUUUUGAGCAAAAUCAGAGAAUCUGUUCCCUACAGUCCUGUGGUGCUGGACCCUAAGACAGUUAAUUGUCAACUCAAACUGUCUGAUGAUCUGACAGACGUGUGGAACCCCAACAUGUUUCUGGAUGUCAGUGAAUACUGGACCAUUGUUCCACUUCCUACAAACUUGGAACGAUUUCAACAUUACCCCUGUGUGCUGGGCUCUGUGGGCUAUUCCACAGGGACACACAGUUGGGAUGUUGACGUGAGCGACAACAGUUUCUGGAUGGUGGGAGUGACCACAGAAUCAGUGCAAAGAAAAGGAACCUUUGGGUUGCCUAGUGAUAUCUGGACCAUUGGAUUCGAAAGCGAAACUCUCAGUGUGAGGAGUCCGCUGGAGUCACGCGUCCAUCUGAGUGGAUAUGAGAAACCCAAGCAGGUGCGGGUGAAACUGAACAUGAGUGAAGGACAGGUGUCAUUCUCUGAUCCUGAGAGUGAUGUCGUCUAUUACACAUUCACACAUAAUUUCAGAGAGAAAGUCUUUCCGUUUUUCUACACUGAGUGCCUUGUACCUCCUCUGAGAAUUCUGCCCGUGGUCAAACCUUUUCAUUAAGAGUUGUGUGAUCUCUCAUCAUGUGUUCUUUAAAAAAAAAUGCCACAGUGUCAUCUUCAUUACUUUCUUGUAUUGUAGCAAGACAGAUCUAAGUUUGAAUAUAAUUCCAUAGUGCCUUGUCAAUCUGGAUUUUUUUUUAGAAGUAAUUCUAGCAUGUUUGUUUAACCUCAUGCAGUCUUGCCAUGUUCUUUUGGCCUUAAGAAACGGCACAGAGCAUCUACAUUUUAACUUGUCGAGCAGACUCUCGCAGUCCACAUCGCACCAGGCCUUUAUCCGUGUGAUCAUUUCUAAGUUCAAGCAUUUUCUCUUAGUCCUCAUCAUAGAAUAAAACUGGCAGUUAGGUGCACAUCUCAUAACUAGAUUUUGGAAGUGUGUUUAUUGACUGAAAUAUGUGCCUUGUGUGUACGUUUCCUUGUUACAGAUGGCUCAUGAGAGGUGAGCUAUAUUAAAAAGACUGGACACAUGAAUAUGUGGUCACUUUGUGCCUUACGACUAAUGUCAUACUGAUAAAUAAUGGAGCUCCUCUUGAUUCUGCUUUGUUACACUGACUUUCAUUUUCCUCAGUAAAAUUUUAUUUGAUUGGAUCUCUGACUCAAGGUCUUCAUUCAUCAUUAAUGGUCUACAGGUCAUACCUGUAAAUCCUUUUGUAUUACACUUUGCUGUUUUAUUAUGUUUAAGUCGUUCAUAUUGCAUGUAACUUGGGCAUUUAGGAAGGUUUGUUGCAUCAAUUGUUCUCUUGGUUCUUAAAAAUGUGAGGCAAUGCACACAUACACAUUGAGCAUACCACAUACACCUCAAAGUGUUUGUUAUGAUUAAGUAAAGUUUUU